AUGGUGAAUGACUUCCAGAAGGGGUCUUUAUCUACACGUCUAGGGAUUCCUAUGAUUUAUGGAAUUGAUGCUGUUCAUGGAAACAACAAUGUCUAUAAUGCCACCAUAUUCCCACAUAAUAUUGGACUUGGAGCUACCAGGCAAGUAAUAUCAAACUCUAUUGUUUCGGAGGAAGAUUAUUUGUUCAUUUUUCCUUCAGAUAUCUUAUUGGUCUGCAACAGUUGCUUUAAAUUGAUUCUGUCCACUGCAUCAGGGGACACUGACCAUUUACGAAGGAUAGGUGAUGCAACUGCUGUCGAAGUCAGAGCUACCGGGAUUCCUUAUGCAUUUGCUGCUUGCAUUGCAGUUAGUAAUAAUCCUUUCAGACUGCAAGUUUGCAGAGAUCCGAGGUGGGGUCGGUGUUAUGAAAGCUACAGCGAGGACCCUAAGAUAGUUGAAGAGAUGACUGACAUUAUCCUUGGUACAAGGAACAAGGUAGCAGCUUGUGCAAAGCACUCUGUUGGUGAUGGAGAAACAACCAAGGGUAUAGAUGAAAACAAUACCGUGAUUGACAUGCAAGGAUUGCUCAGGAUUCACAUGCCUGCCUACUAUGACUCCAUGGAUAAGGGUGUUGCAACAGUCAUGAUUUCUUACUCCAGUGGAAUGAUUAUGAUCCCAUACAAUUUUACUGAGUUCAUACAGGACCUCACAUACCUGGUCAAGAAAAACUUUAUUCCAAUGAAGCGUAUUGAUGAUGCUGUUGGGAGAAUUUUGCUAGUCAAGUUCACCUUGGGACUCUUUGAGAACCCCCUUGCUGAUCUUAGUCUGAUCAAUGAGGUUGGAAGCCAGGCACACAGAAAUUUGGCAAGGGAAGCCGAUAGGAAAUCGCUCGUUCUGCUGAAGAAUGGAAAGAAUGGAAACGAUUCAGUAUUACCCUUGCCAAAGAAAGUGAGCAGAAUUCUAGUUGCUGGAACAACAAUUCUUAGUGCAAUUAAUUCUACAGUUCAUAAAAACACAGAAGUUAUCUAUUCUGAGAACCCUGACAGUGAAUAUGUCAAAUCCCAAAACUUCAAUUAUGCAGUCGUCGUCGUUGGGGAGCACCCUUAUUCAGACACUAAAGGGGACAGCAAAACUCUCACAAUAGCUGAUCCUCGACCUGAUGUUAUCAAAAAUGUCUGCGGGGUCGUAAAAUGUGUCGUUAUCAUCAUAUCAGGUCAACCAAUUGUAAUUGCACCAUACAUUUCAGGAAUUGAUGCACUUGUGGCAGCAUGGUUACCUGGUAGCGAAGGUCAAGGUGUGACUGAUGUUCUCUUUGGCGACUAUGGUUUUAAUGGAAAACUUCCUAGGACUUGGUUCAAAACUGUAGAUCAGCUCCCAAUGAACAUAGGGGAUUCACACUAUGAUCCACUUUCCUCCAUAUUUGGACAUUUGGUCGACUGUACAUCCGAAGCUCGCCUAGGUAAUGUAUUGGAGAAGGCGCCAUCAUUUGGGACAGAAAUAGGCAUGCUUGCUUGCAGAGGUAAAGGUAUGCCAGUUGCCUUGUUGGCUAGUGCAUAUUGCAGUUCCAUUACCCUACAGGAGGCAUCCCAGUUAGAGUCAGAUACCAUAGGAUUCUGCUGA